GCAGCGUGAAGAGUUCAAACGCGGGAAGAUGACUCUGUAGACACACACAAACGCAGUGCGGUUCCAUAAACAAUAUAACAGAAAGGCCAAAAAAUACCAUACAAAACUCAUAUGCUGCGCAACCUAGAGACCCGACCUUGCAACACACAACUCCCAUUGAAGAACUCAAGACAUCAUGCAGGAUCCGUCCCCAGAUUCUGAGCGUUCCCAUCUCUCCUCGUUCACUAUGAAGUUGAAGGGCAAGUUUCAUUCACCAAAAAUAAAGAGAACCCCUUCAAAGAAAGGAAAGCAAGCUGACCUGACAGUGAAAACACCAGAGAAGUCAGCGAACAAAAAUGUAUCAUGGCUAGAGGAAAAGGAGAAGGAGGUUGUCAGUGCAUUGCGCUACUUUAAGACUAUUGUGGACAAAAUGGCAAUUGAUAAGAAAGUAUUAGAGAUGCUGCCAGGCUCGGCAAGUAAAGUGCUGGAAGCCAUCCUGCCCUUGGUGCAAACUGAUCCACGCAUCCAGCAAAGUUCCGCCAUCUCGUCCUGCUACAGCCGUGUGUACCAGAGUCUGGCCAAUCUAAUUCGCUGGUCUGAUCAAGUGAUGCUGGAAGGUGUGAAUUCAGAAGACAAGGAGAUGGUGACGACAGUGAAGGGUGUCAUAAAAGCUGUUCUGGAUGGAGUCAAGGAGCUUGUCAGACUCACGAUUGAAAAGCAGGAGCAUCCCUCUCCCACAAGCCCAGUUAAACCCAGUUUACCAGCAUGCAAAUCUGACAGCCCAUCAGAACUUCCCCUCACAGACCGAGAAAUGGAGAUCCUCAACAAAACAACUAAUAUGACUCAAUCCAAUGAGCUACUGACUGACUCCAUGGAUGAAGAAGUUGCACCUCCUAAACCCCCUCUGCCUAGCAUUCGUGUGGCAGAAAACAGCCCUCCACCAGCAUUGCCCCCUAAAAAACGGCAGUCGGCACCUUCCCCAACCAGAGUGGCAGUCGUGGCCCCCAUGAGUCGUGCCACCAGUGGAUCCAGUUUACCUGUUGGAAUCAACAGACAGGAUUUUGAUGCUGACUGCUAUGCCCAGAGAAGGUUAUCGGGUGGAAGCCACUCCUAUGGGGGGGAAUCUCCUCGCCUCUCACCGUGCAGUAGCAUCGGCAAACUCAGCAAGUCUGACGAGCAGCUCUCUUCUCUGGACCGCGACAGUGGUCAGUGCUCCCGCAACACAAGCUGUGAAACGUUAGAUCACUAUGAUCCGGACUAUGAAUUCCUGCAGCAGGACCUCUCAAAUGCUGAUCAGAUACCCCAGCAGGUGCCAGGUAUCCUCAGCCCACUGCCAGAGUCCUUGGGUGAGUCUGGCUCCCCUUUCCAUGGACAUGCUUUCCAGCUCCCGCAGGGCAGCUCUCCUCCACUGGAAUUCUGCAGCCUCUCGGGAGCAGCGCAGCCAACAGAGACUCCUCCAGCUUUACCAGAAAAGAAGAGGAGGAGCGCAGCCUCUCAGACUUCAGAUAACACAGGCUGCAGGGUCUCCUAUGAGAGACACCCUUCCCAAUACGAUAACAUCUCGGAGGAUGACAUGCAGAAUGCAGCGUCUGUCCCUUCAGUACCCUUCACGCCAUUUGCUGCUGUUUCGCCUUUCCAGCAAGUAAACUCUUCAGCACCGGUUGAAUUCAUUGCUGACUUUGCUGCUCCAGAUUCUAACAGUGACCCAGAGAAGCCACCACCUCUGCCAGAGAAGAAAAACAAACACAUGAUGGCAUACAUGCAGUUUGUGGAAGACUACUCAGAGCCGCAGCCGUCCAUGUUCUACCAGACCCCUCAGAACGAGCACAUUUACCAGCAGAAGAACAAGCACCUCAUGGAAGUCUAUGGGUUCAAUGACUCCUUUAUCAGCUUAGACCCCUCUCAAGAUCUGGCACCUCCUCCUGCUCUCCCACCGAAACAGCGGCAGCUGGAAUCUCCCUCUGUCAAAGACAGUCACACCAAAGACUCCGCUUCGAACAGCAGUGCCAUGGGGAAGGAAGGCAAAGAUGGUGCUGAAAGGCAGCAGCAGUCACCAGAUGCUUUGGAAUCAUCACAGCUGGAGGAAGAGGUAGAUGAGCUAUCCCUUAUUGACCACAGUGAAAUUAUGGCUAGGUUAACGCUGAAGCAAGAGGGAGAUGAUGGGCCAGAUGUUCGUGGUGGAUCUGGAGACAUUUUGUUAGUGCAUGCAACAGAGACCGACAGGAAAGAUCUGGUGCUGUACUGUGAAGCCUUUCUGACUACAUACAGAACAUUUAUCACCCCUGAAGAGCUCAUCAAGAAGCUGCAGUACAGAUAUGAGAAGUUUUGCCACUUCCCAGACACGUUUAAGAAGCGAGUCAGUAAGAACACCUUCUUCGUGCUGGUGAGAGUGGUGGAUGAGCUGUGCUUAGUGGAGUUGACAGAGGAAAUUCUCAAGCUGCUGAUGGACCUGGUCUUCCGACUGGUCUGCAACGGGGAGCUGAGCCUCGCCAGAGUGUUACGCAAGAAUAUCCUUGAUAAAGUGGAUCAGAAGAAAAUGCUGAGCUACGCCAAUUCCAUCAAACCCCUUGCAGCCCGUGGGGUGGCAGCCAGGCCAGGGACCCUGCAUGAUUUCCACAGUCAUGAAAUAGCCGAGCAGCUGACCCUCCUAGACGCUGAACUCUUCUAUAAAAUUGAGAUCCCAGAAGUUUUGCUUUGGGCAAAGGAGCAAAAUGAAGAGAAGAGCCCCAACCUGACACAGUUCACAGAGCACUUUAAUAACAUGUCCUACUGGGUCCGUUCAAUAAUUAUGCUACAAGAGAAAGCCCAAGACCGAGAGAGGCUGCUCCUUAAAUUUAUAAAGAUCAUGAAGCACUUACGAAAGCUGAAUAAUUUUAAUUCCUAUCUGGCCAUUCUUUCUGCACUGGAUUCUGCACCCAUCCGAAGGCUGGAGUGGCAGAAACAAACCUCAGAGGGCCUGGCUGAGUACUGCACACUGAUUGACAGCUCCUCGUCCUUCCGCGCCUACCGAGCAGCCCUGGCUGAUGUGGAGCCUCCCUGCAUACCUUACCUAGGCCUGAUUCUGCAGGACCUGACCUUUGUUCAUUUGGGAAACCCAGAUUACAUUGACAGCAAAGUGAACUUUUCCAAGCGCUGGCAGCAGUUUAACAUCCUGGACAGCAUGAGGUGCUUCCAACAAGUACAUUACGACAUCAAAAGAAACGACGACAUAGUGUCAUUCUUCAACGAUUUCAGCGAUCACCUGGCUGAGGAGGCCUUGUGGGAACUGUCCCUCAAAAUCAAACCUCGGAACAUUACGAGGCGGAAAACAGACCGAGAAGAGAAAACCUAGGAGGAGGGGUUGCGCGAGCAAGAAUUGCUCCGCAGAUGCACCGAGGGCAGCUAUGAGACUGGAGUUCAAUGUUUGUACCUGUUACUGGAUGACGCACCCUCCCUCCCAGCUGGCAGCGAUCCCUGGGCGUGUGAAUGUCGGGCUCUCGCAGCGGGCGAGAAGUGACCGCGCGUGCCAGCCACGACGGGCAGAGAUCAGCCGGUGCUCG